AUGUCAUCACCUUCGAGAGGACAACUCUUAGGGACUGUGAAGCUCUUCAUAGAGGCGUUCAAUGAGUUCACACCCGAAUCAGUCGUGCGAUACCGCAGUCCUACAUGCAUGCAUCGACUAGUUCCCGCCACCUUAAACUCGCCGCCACAGAGCAAUACCGAGUACGCGGGCCUCAUAGCAGCGCUAACAACCGUUAUGCCGACGUUUCAUCUCCGAAUCGUUGAUGGAGGAGAGCCAGUGGUAGACGAAGUCACUCGUAAGGUUGUAUUGCAUUUGAAGUCGAGGUCCGAUACGGCCGUUGGGCUAUAUGAGAACGAGUAUAUUUGGAUCUUGACAUUGAGCAAGGACGGUAAACUCGUGGACGAUAUUUUGGAAUUCGCGGAUAGUUUAUAUACAAGCGACCAAUUACCAAAGCUGAAGAAAGCGGUCGAGGACGCAGCUAAGAAGUGA